UGAUCCAUGUUUCCACAAAAUUACAAAUAUGUGUUGUAAUUAGUUAAUGUUAUUAAACAAUAUCUUUUAACUUCUUUUGAUAUACGUACAUAUUUUAAAUUAGGAAGGGUUAUGAUUAAAUAAAAUAAAUUGCAUAGUAUAGGGUUUGAUCUCGAGACCUCAAGUAGAUAUACUAAAGUCUUAACCACUAGGUUAAGCUGUAUUUAUUGUUAUUAUCAUAAAAUAUUAUAUUAAUAAAUGAAAUUUUUUCUUACCCGAGGCAUAACCCGGACCUAAUAACUAGUUGAGAAUUGUAACAAACUCUUUAAGUUAUGUCGAAGGAAAAAAAAAAAAAAAAAUCUUACGUAACACAAAAUAAGAGGAUCUGUGUUUUCAAAAUUGUUACUUCUCUGUAUUCCAUUUAUUAACGAAAGACUUUGAAUAGCUUAGCGGUCCUCGUGUGAAAGAUAGAGCGUGCUCCUCCUUUGCGACACGAGUUCGAGACUUGAUCCAACAUCUAUCUCGAGGGUUUCAAAACCAAUUCGCUCUACAGUCGACGCUGACAGCGCCAUAGUCGCACACUCGCACUCUACUGGAUCGGAACUCUUCAAGUUGAAGAAUUUAGGUUUAUCUACUUAAGGUAGUCAAGGACGCCCAUGGAUACGCCACUACAUAAUGGAGCAACCCCUGCGGAGAUAUCAGAAUUCAUGGCCAUCACUUUUGGCCGACGCAGACAAUCCAGGAAGAAGAAUAAGAGAAGAGGGAGGCGUGGAGGAUCCAGAAGUAAGCUUAGUCCUGAUAUUGUAAAGAAGCUUGGUGAUGCUACCCUUCAUUAUGCGUAUGGACGUUUCAAAGAUGCAAUCAGCUUAUUGACUCAUGUGGUUCGGAUAGCGCCUCAUCUCCCUGAUGCAUAUCAUAGACUUGGUCUUGUAUAUAAUUCCAUGGGUCACAAAACCAAAGCUAUGGCUUUUUAUGAUAUUGCAGCUAGAUUAAAUCCUAAACAACCAUCUCUUUGGAAACUUCUUGUGGAUUGGUCCAUAGAAGAGGGAAAUACUGAUCAAGCCUUGAAGUACCUUGAUAGAGCGAUUAAUGCUGAUCGAACUGAUAUUACUCUUAGGUACCGCCGAGCUUCACUUCACAUAAAGAAAGGGGAGUACUCAAAAGCUGCUGAAUCAUAUGAUCAGGUAGUUCAGAUUUGUCCAAAUAACGUUGAAGCACUUAAGACUGCAACAAAGUUGCACAAACAAUGUGGCGAGUUUGAUCAAUCAAUCAGCAUGUUGGAGGAAUACUUCAAAAAUCAAUCUUCAGAAGCUGAUCUAACUGUGGUUGAUAUAUUGGCUUUGUCAUAUAUGGAAAGGAAUGAGUUUAUGAAGGCUCUUCAGCACAUUGAGCAUGCAAAGGCGGUCUGUGGUCCAGGAAAAGAGUUUCCAUUAUAUCUGAUGAUAAGAGAAGGUAUAUGCCGUGCUCAUCUUGGAGAUAUGGAGAAAGCAGAGGUUUGUUUCAAUGUUCUGCAAAGCAUAAAUGCAGAGCAUCAGAUGGAUCUGAUCAUGGCAGUGGCAGACUCAUUUGUGAAUCUUCAGCAACAUGAGUCUGCAUUAAAGUAUUAUAUGAUGCUAGAAAGCUGUAUGGCCAACAAUGAACUUAUAAAUUCGGAACUUGUAAAUUCGAAAAUUGCUCACUGCUACUCAGCUUUGAACAGAGCUACUUCAGCUAUUUAUUAUUUUCACAAAGUAUUGAAAGCACGAGAAGAUGAUAUUGAUUCUCGCUUAGCUCUUGUAUCCCACCUCCUUGAGGAAAAGAAAGAAGAUGAAGCCAUAGUGUUGCUUACACCUCCACCUAACCCAGUAUCAACAAAUGACAUGGAUGAAGAUAGACAUGAACCUUGGUGGCUUAAUGUUAAAGUGAAGCUGAAGCUAUCCCGUAUCUAUAAAACUAAAGGGAUGCUUGAGGCCUUUGUUGAAGUGAUCCACCCAAUCGUUCGUGAAUCAAUAAAAAAUGAUUCAGUGCAUCAGAAGGCAAAACAGAGAAAAUGGCUCCAAAGGUGUGAACUAUCAGAGAAACAUAACAUUCUAGAUUCUCAAACUGAUUCUGCACUUGAACUCUGUGGUAGUUCCAGAAGACCAGCUUCUAAAGUUGAUCUUUGUAGGUUGAAGGCAUAUGGAAGAUCGAAAGAAGAGAAGAUAUCUACUUCAAUGAUUGACAGGCUUGAUUCAGAAAGUGAUGAUUCAGAAAGUGAUAAUUCAGAAAGUGAAGUUCCGCUACAGCCACUGAAGCCGCCUCCAUUGCCUGAUCUCUUCAAAGAUGAGGAGCAUUUCUCACUGAUCUUAGAUUUAUGCAUGGCGAUGACAUCUCUGGGAAGGUAUAAUGAGGCUUUGGAACUUAUAAAACUCACUUUGAAAAGAGCUGACAAAGCAUCACUUGCUGGGAAGAAGGAACAAUUUUGGUCUCUCGGUGCUAAAAUCGCAUUAGACAUCACUGAUCCUUCUGAUGGAUUUGACUUUGUACGCUACGUUGUUCAGAAGUAUCCACACAGUAUUGCUGCCUGGAAUUGCUAUUACAGAUUAGUCUUAAGAUUGGAGAAUCGGCUCUCGAAACGCAAUAAAUUCUUGUAUCGCAUGAGAGUUUAUCACAAAGACUUGUUACCACCCAAGAUCAUAGCUGGGAAUCAGUUUACCAUGAUUAGUCAACAUCAAAUAGCUGCAAUAGAAUACUUGGAGGCUUAUAAACAGAUGCCAGAGAACCCAUUGAUUAACCUCUGUACCGGGACUGCCCUUGUCAAUUUAGCCCUUGGACUUCGACUCCAAAACAAGCAUCAUUGUGUUACACAAGGCUUAGCAUUCCUCUACAACAAUCUACGAAUUUGUAAAAACAGCCAGGAAGCCUUGUACAAUAUAGCUCGUGCAUACCACCACGUUGGACUCGUGACGUUGGCAGCUAAUUAUUAUGAAAAAGUUCUUGCAAUUUACCAAAAGGAUUGCCCCUUGCCAGAACUUUUUAAAACGCGCAAUGAUCCUAUUAAAGAUUCAGAUUCUGGCUACUGCAAUCUUCAUAGAGAAGCAGCAUACAAUUUGCAUUUGAUCUACAAAAACAGUGGAGCACAUGAUCUUGCAAGGCAGGUAUUGAGAGAUUAUUGCACCGUGUGAGGUGCCUUGCCUUUAUUAUGAAUGUACAUAGUAGGAUAUUGGAGUCUAGGAGUGAUAAUGAGCGCAGCCGACUCGCUAAUUAUUCUAGUUCGGCUUGAAUUUUUAGUGAACUCAGGCUCGAGAGGCUCAAUUAUCAUAUUAGAAAUUUCUUUUAACUAUUUUUUUUUCAUAUAUAAAAUUUUGAUGUAAAUUAAUAACGUCUUGCAAAAUA